UAUUCUUCCUUGUUCCACUUUGCAAUUAUUGGAUGCAAACAGCCUAAUAAAAGCUUCAAUUACUCCAGCUUAUCUUAGUUAUGAACAUAUUUAAGACUUUCUUUCACAUCGCGUGGGAUAAUGUAUGCAACAGUGUUAUUUCUUUGUAGUGUUGGUAUUUUAUACAUAGGUGGAUGUGAAGGCGGUUAUUGUACUUAUUACUAUCCAUGUACAGCAGAAUGUGUAAAACAAAGAUCAACUACCAAUACCUGCUAUAGGCAGUGCAGUCGAAGCGGGUGUUGUACCGGAUAUACGGGGUCGAGUUGCAGUCAUCCAAUCUGUUUCGGAUCGAACGCUUGCCCAAAUGGCGGUACAUGUAGAGCCCCAGACACCUGCAGUUGUGCAACUGGAUAUUCUGGAACAAAAUGUUCGGCAAUAUGCUUCGGGUCGACCAGUUGCCCAAAUGGCGGAACAUGUAUAGCCCCAGACACGUGCAGUUGUCGUACUGGAUUUUCCGGAGCAAAAUGUUCAGCAAUAUGUUUCGGGUCGACCAGUUGCCCAAAUGGCGGAACAUGUAUAGCCCCAGACACGUGCAGUUGUCGUACUGGAUUUUCCGGAGCAAAAUGUUCAGCAAUAUGUUUCGGGAAGACCAGUUGCCCAAAUGGCGGAACAUGCAUAGCCCCAGACACGUGCAUUUGUCGUACUGGAUUUUCCGGAGCAAAAUGUUCAGCAAUAUGUUUCGGGUCGACCAGUUGCCCAAAUGGCGGAACAUGUAUAGCCCCAGACACGUGCAGUUGUCGUACUGGAUUUUCCGGAGUGAAAUGUUCAGCAAUAUGUUUCGGGUCGACCAGUUGCCCAAAUGGCGGAAUAUGUAUAGCCCCAGACACGUGCAGUUGUCGUACUGGAUUUUCCGGAGCGAAAUGUGCAGCAAUAUGUUUCGGGUCGACCAGUUGCCCAAAUGGCGGAACAUGUAUAGCCCCAGACACGUGCAGUUGUCGUACUGGAUUUUCCGGAGCAAAAUGUGCAGCAAUAUGUUUCGGGUCGACCAGUUGCCCAAAUGGCGGAACAUGUAUAGCCCCAGACACGUGCAGUUGUCGUACUGGAUUUUCCGGAGCAAAAUGUGCAGACAUUGACGAGUGUAAUUCUGGCACAGCGAAUUGCAGCCACAUAUGUACCAACACACCAGGUUCAUUCUGGUGCUCAUGUAUAAGCGGUUAUAAUUUAACGAGCGACGGCAGAACAUGUUCUGAUAUUAACGAAUGUAGUUCCGGUGCAUCGGGAUGUACCCACACAUGUACCAACACGCAAGGCUUAUUCUUCUGUUCAUGUAAAGGCGGCUUUAGUUUAUCGAGCGACGGAAGAACAUGUUUUGAUGAUGAUGAAUGCGAUGGCAAAACUCACUUGUGUGACCACAAUUGUACAAACGAAAAAGGGACCUAUAGCUGUUCCUGUAUGGCAGGAUAUUUGUUGGACACAAAUAAUCGCACUUGUUCAGAUAUUAACGAAUGCCUUCUCGACACAAAUGAGUGUGAACAAGUGUGUACAAACGAAAUUGGUAAAUACAAGUGUUCCUGCAGAUCAGGGUACAUUCUGGAUACAGACGAACGAAGAUGCAUAGAUGUAGAUGAAUGCAAUGGAACGUUGAAGUGUGAUCACAUCUGUACCAACCUGAAUGGGACGUUCAAAUGUUCCUGUCGAUAUGGACAUAUUCUUGAAACUGACAACCAAACAUGUUCAGAGUUGACUUCUACCAACAUGGCGUUGACAACUUCUCUGUCUGCAUCUGGAGUAAUAGUUGUUGUUGGCGUUGCUGUCGUUGUAUUCCUUGUAUUAAGGAGAUACCGCUCAAAGACUGGGGCAAGAAUGGAAAACGCAGUUUCUUAUAGCCAAGAAACGGUUGCCUUUGAAAGGCUUCGAGCGACGACAGAUCCGACCUGUGAAAACACUGAGAAUCCAUACGAUUCUUUAUCGGGCGUACCGGAAUACUGUGAGGCUAUGGACAAAUGCCAACAGGGUAAGGAAGUAUCAACAGCAAACGCCAUGGGAAAUCCUGUAUACACAAACACCAAUCUGAGGUCUGAUGCGCCUCAAAAACACAUAAAAGGCACUGAAAGCACGUAGAUCUACACUUGUGUUGAAAAAGAUGGAACUACCGAGUCCAUUUCCUGGAUUAAAAUCUGAUAUCCUUAUAACGAGGAAACGAGAAGGUACCUGUGCUGGGGUUUAACCAAAAACUCUUUGGUCGUGAGGCGGGCACCACUCAAACCACAAGACCAAUCGCACACACUCUACUUACUUCAAGCAACGAGCUAAUAUUCAUUGAAAUUGAUAAAAACAGAAGCGUUUUAUUUCUGAGCUUAUUUUUCUAAAUAUUGAUUAAUAAGCGAUUAAUACAUUUACGAACUGCUCUGUAUUGUUUAAUUAACGCGAUAUGUGUUUCUAUAAAAAAAAAAUUGCUCUCAGUGGUUAACUAAUUUUAUACAACGUAUGAUCAACAUGCCUUAAUGUAAUUGAAUGAACAGUGUUUUGACUAUAAAUACAAAUACCACUAUCUCAUUAAUACAGCUUUACCAAUAACACCUCUGUAUGAAUAACAAUAGGUUUUUAAUCCUUACACUGAUAACUGUUAAAACAUUAUUUUAAUACACACUAUGUCAUAACCGUUUAUUUCAACUUGUGUUUUAUUGUUUAAUUUUUACUUAUUUGCUUUGAUUAGAAACUUAAAACCAUUAUUCGUGAACAUAUAUGUCAUAUUUCAAAUAAAGGGGAAUUGGG